GGUAUUUUACUGCGGGUCACUUGCCGUAUCUUAGGGGAGGUUGCUGUGAUAUUCGGUCAUGUUAGCGAGGAACGGAAAUCGACCGCAAACAUCAGUGGAGAAACAGACCACAAGGACUGAGCUGAAACUCUUACCACUCUGUGGACAAGAAGAAGAACCAAUAGCUGACUCAUUUUCCACAAGGCUAUCAGAUCACAGCCAUUUAUUCAGCCACAGUCAUUACGUUUCACUGCUGUGGUAAGUGCUAGUGGACUGCUAUAUCAUAUUGGGACACUGUAAAUGUUGACCUAAAUCCUCCAGAGCAGAUUCUUUUUGACUUUUUUUUUUGUCAUCACAUGACAAAUUCCCCAAUGCCUCGAUGGAAAGUGUUCUUGAGCCAGUACCUGCGAUGGUCCAGCACAGUCACUCAAGCCUUCGCCCUGUCCAUCAUCACAUUUUGUGUCAUAUUUCCUCUGUGCUGCCAUCGUCUGCUGUACUCUUACUACUUCAUUAAGUCCAUGUACCUCGAUUCUAUGAGUGAAGUGGUGCUGCGGGAAAGCCUAGAUCGAGGUCAGGAGGCUCUGCACUUCUGGCAGAGCUCUUCAACUGCAGCAACGUCCAGAUUCAACAACUUCACUCAACAUCCUGAACUGCUGGUCACUGUGGUAACAGCCAGGCGGAAGGAGGCACGGGACUACCACUACCUGCUCCAGGUAAUGCUGCAGCUGAGUAACAUUGUGGGAAGCUGUGGGGAGCAGAAGUGCGCGGAGGUGCUGGUCUGUGAUGUGGAGAGUGGCCCGCAGGAAAACCAAGAUGCCAAGGUGCUGGAGAGCCACUUCAGGGUGGUCCGGCGUUCACCUCAGGAGCAGCAGAGCAUACAGGAGCGAAUUAAUACCUUUGAAAAGGAGAAGAGGGAUUAUGUCUUUUGUCUCCGCAGAGGCUGGGAUCUGGUGAAGCCUAAAAAUAUUGUCGUUCUAGAAGAUGAUGCUUUGCCAAGAAAUGACUUUUUCAUUGUUAUAAAGGAUUUGUUGUCACGUAGGUUUGCUCUUCACACUCUUUACAUCAAGCUAUAUCAUCCUGAAAGGCUACAACGCUACUGGAACCCUGAGCCAUACCGCAUUCUGGAGUGGGUGGGGCUGGGAUUGGUUGGCGCAACGGCUCUCCUCCUCAGCUUUCCUUACUGGAACCCUUGUUCUUUCUCGUUCACCCUGUCCGCUACCCAUCUCCUCUUUUUCACUCUAUACUUUAUGACCGCUGCAGAGUUGUUGGGGCGGCAUUACCUUCUAGAAGUCCGGAGAAUUUCCCCACAGCUGUAUGCCGUCUCGCCAGCUACCGAGUGCUGCACCCCAGCCAUGUUGUUCCCUGGCAAUGCCUCAUUAAGGGUGGCUGAGUAUCUAGACAGUUCAUUCUGCUACAAAGGGCAUGCUAAAGACAUUGUUCUGUAUCAAAUGGCCAGGACAGUCCCUGGGCAGAGGUCCCAUAGUGUAGAACCCAACCUCAUCAGUCACAUUGGGGCUUAUUCCUCAGUCAGAGCUAACCCAUCCAGGCCCAAGCUCCUCUAACAGAAGAAGAAGAAGAACUUCUGACUGCAAGGUUCACUUUAAUCUGGUUUCUCCUUCCUGGGUUUUGCUUUUUUACCAUCUUCUAGACUCUUUAGAAAUCUUAACAAAUUACUCAGUGAAUGUUGGUUUGGUGAUUUGCAUUGAAAACUAUCAAGAUCGAUAUAUUAGUAGAUGUCUACGUUCCAGCUUUUAGACGCACAUGUGUUUUUAGUUCUCCAUCUCUCUGAUAUACAUUUAUUUUAAUCCACCCUGCACAAAUUGUGUAAAAGGUGGUGAUGGUUUUUCUUCAGAAGAGGUUGAAAACCACACAAAUUAAUGCAGGAAAAUAGCAUGUCCUAAAUUAUUUUAUAUAGAAAUGUUAGAUGGCAGAAAAUGUUACUUUGACCCAUACCUUGAAAGCCUCUGCCACUUCUUUAUUGCCAAAUCAUCUAACCCACUCUCACUGAGCUGUGUGGGACCCUUCUGAAAAAAAAAAUGUAAACGGUUCUCUUCUUUGUUUACCUUUUUAAAAAAGAAGCCAGAUGCUGCCAGAAUGCCUGUUUUUCCUUUGUCUGUCCUUUGACUGUUAAAGGAUUUAUUCGUUUUUUAUAUACAAUAAUCACAGUAAAAUAAAAUGUAACUCCUUAGAGUAAGGAGAGACCAAUUCACCAGACUAUGCCUAAAGUUUCUAAAGUUAAGUUACAGUGGAACUGGUGUGUGAGAGCGAUAGCUGAUUUAGUCGCCUGUCGUGUUUACAUAUUUACAUUAACCUUUUGCAAAUAUGAAAGUGGGUAGAGCCAUUGGCUGUUGUACUCUUAGAUUGAAAUAGGUUUUAAUAUUGUAUAAAAGCUAAACAUAUCCGUAUUUUGCCACCUGGGAUUUUCCUCCAAAAUGGUAUGAGCAUUCAGAAGUCAGCUCUAAUUGCUGUUUGCUGCAGAUUUUCUUUUCAGUUGUCUCACACUCGCUUUCUUUCUCUAGUUAUGCCUGUGUGUGUAUUUGCAUGUGGUGAUGAAACAUGAGCCCUGGCUCAUGAAAGACUAAUGUCUGAGGACGACAUUCCUGGUUUGCGUGUGGAUUUCUUAGUUUUAAUUUAACAGGUUUAGUGAUGUAACAGAAUGUACACUAGUGGCGGUUCACUCACAAUGAACAGUCUAAAAUUUUGGUUUCAGCUCAGGCCUGCUCUUUGAUUUGAUAUACCUUUAUUAGUCCCACAAGGGGAAAUUUCAUAAGGCCUCCGACCUAUUGCAUGCAAUGGUGGCGCCAUCUUACCCUCCAACCAUACAUACAUUACAAAAAACAUCACAUGGGGAAGACGGGUCAGAGAGGUAU